GCGCUGUCCAAAUUGUCGUCAUCCGCCGCCGGAACAGUUAGUAAACAACAGCUUCAGUUUAAAAAUGCUAGGCUAGCUACUGUGUGUCGUUUCUACGUCUUGUUGACAAUUUAAAUAUAGUUUAUUUAAAUAGAUAUAUUUUUUAAACUUGAGUGUUCAGAUAAAUAAUUCAGCUUGUGAUGAAGAUUGAUAUCUGUGUUCUAGCAGGAUGAUCUCGCAGGUCUUCGUCUUGUCCUCCAAAGGCGACCGCCUCGUCUACAAAGACUUCCGAGGAAACGCCGGAAGUGACCUCGUCAGCGGUUUUUAUGAGAAAGUGACGGCGCUCACCGGCGACCAGCCGCCGGUUGUCAUGAGACACAAAGAGGUCCACUUCGUCCACGUCCGGCAGGGAGGACUCUACUUGGUUGCCACGACAACAGCAGACUCCUCCCCCUUCGUGGUCAUUGAGUUCCUGAACAGGUUCGCUGCCCUGGUGAAAGAUUACUGCGGCGGCCUGUCGGAGAAGUCGGUGCAGAUGAACUUUGCGCUCAUCUACGAGCUUCUGGACGAGAUGUUGGAUUACGGUUACGUCCAGUCCACGUCGUCUGACGUCCUGAAGAACUUCAUCCAGACGGAGGCGGUCUCGCCGCGACCCUUCAGCCUCUUCGACCUCGCCAACGUGGGCCUGUUCGGAGCCGACACACAGCAGAGCAAAGUGGCGCCGAGUUCUGCCGCCACAAGGCCGAUACAGGGAGGGAAGAGUGAGAUAUUUGUGGACGUCAUCGAGAGGAUGACGGUGGUGAUCGGCGCCAACGGCGUGCUGAUGAAGGCGGACGUGCAGGGCGAGGUCAAGGUCAAGUGCUUCCUGCCCAGCUGCUCAGAGAUCCGCAUCGGCCUCAACGAGGACUUGAGUGUCGGCGCGUCGCAACUCAGAGGUUACGGCACGACGGUCCGAGUCGAUCAGUGCAGCUUCCACCCAGCGGUCCGACUGGAAGAGUUUGACAGUCACCGGAUCCUGCGACUCAGCCCGAGCCAGGGCGAGCAAAGCGUCAUGCAGUACCAGCUGGCCGACCAUCUUCCCUCCGCCCCGCCCUUUCGCCUCUUUCCCGCCAUCGAGAAGGACAGCGGCGGCAGGCUGCUGAUGUACUUGAAGAUACGCUGCGACCUUCCCCCUAAAAGUGCCGCCGUCAACGUGGGCGCCACCAUACGGGUCCCUAAAGGCUGCGUCAGCAUGUCGCAGGAGCUCAGCAGUCCGGACCAGAGCGCGGAACUGAGUCCGCAGAGCCGAGCCGUGCUCUGGACCAUCCCGCGCUUCCAGGGAGGGACGCAGCUCUCCGCCCUGUUCAAGCUGGACGUUCCCGCCCUGAGCUCCGCCUCCAUGAUGGAGGUCGGCCCGUUGGGUCUGAGCUUCGAGCUGCCCAAAACCACCGCCACCGGCCUCCACGUCCGCUUCCUGCGACUGUCGCCCGUCCAGCCCGGCCCCGCCCAGCGCUGGGUCCGCUACGUCACGCACUCGGACUCGUACACCAUCCGCGUUUGAGUCUCCACACAGCGCCACCACCUGAGAAUUCGACUCUGCGGCCAUUACGUCACGUGACGUCACCCCAGCAUGUGAGGAAUGACCUUUUUUAUUAUUAUUUUUUUGGGGGGGGGGAAAUAAAAACACUGAAAUCAAAUCGACUGCGCGAAUGGUGCAAAACAUGCAACGCUUUGGCGCAAUGUCAUUUAUUUCGCUAACUGCUUCUUUGCCAUCACUUUUACGAUCAUAUUUGUACAUAUCGUCUGUGCUGGUGUUGUUCUAUUGUGGUUGUUGUUUUUGUUGUCUUUGUUGUUGUUGUUUUUGUCUCUGUCUAAUCUCCCUUUUAUCCCCACAAUUUCCCCCUCUGUCUUCCUUUUUUUCUCUUUUCUAUCCCCUACUUCUCCGGCCCGGCUGCACCAGAUGAUAAUAUAAAUACAUUUAAUAAUGUCAAAUUCAAAUAAGGCAACAAGAGAAGUACCGAAAUUCCUUGAAUUGCCGCCGGGGCGCUAAUUAAUUUAAAACCUCUUGUCACUCCUGCGCUUACCAAAGGCAUGCGGUGAAAGUAAGCAUGCGCUAAUUAUUUUAAAACUUCUUCUCACUCCGGCACUCACCAAAGGUAUGCAGUAAAAAAUUGAGUGUAAGUUUGGACCUUAAAUCCUACUGAAUAGCUCUUAAUCUUGUUCCCUUUAUGCGAUUUCAAAUUACCGGUAUUGAAAUCAGCCUCCUCCAAUUUGAAAAUGAUGACAGGGGAAGUGUCACUCGUGACGUCACGAGUUUGACCAGGCGGUAAUACUACUAAGCAUUCGCUAAUUAUUUUGGGAAGCAGGUUUGACCCGGCAGUAAUUGAAGGCAGGCGCAUACUAUAUGCGGAUGGCAGUAUUGUCAUGUUUAGGAGUGUCACAUGCUGUUUACGGCAGACCACCUGCCUUACGGUAGACGUAAACAUGACUGCUGUUGUUGUGUGUUGUUUUACCGCGCUGGGAAGAGAUAAAUGAACAUACUUGCCAACCUUGAGACCUCUGAUUUCGGGAGGUGGGGGGUCGGGCGGGGGGCGUGGUUAAGAGGGGAGGAGUCUAUUUACCGCUAGAUUCAUAGAUUCACCAAGUCGAGUAUUUUAUAUAUAUAUAAAAUAAAUACUUGAAUUUCAGUGUCCAUUUAUUUACACAUUUACACACACAUAACACUCAUCUACUCAUUGUUGAGUUGAGGGUUGAAUAUUCCAUCCUGGCUUUUCUAACCAUAUGCAUGUACACCAGAUGGCAGUAUUGUCCUGUUUAAGAGUGUCACAACACAUUGCUGUUUGGUAGACGAACUUCUUUACGGUAGACAAAUUCGGACUGCCAUUGUUGUGUGUUGUUUUAGGGCGCUGGGAGGAGGUUAAUGAAACUCCCUAACAAUAAACCCACAUAAGAAACCAAGAA